GCAUAUACCUCUCCAUCAUAAAUUUUUUAAAAUUCAUCACUGUUAAGAUCAAGCUAAUGACAGUCAAAGGGUAAACCAACAGAUCAUAGAGAACAUAUCAUGACAGUUGAUUUGGAUCAAUAUGUUAAACCUGGGAAAGGUCAUUAUAUCGCAUUAGGAUUAGAAGGAUCCGCUAAUAAAUUAGGAGUAGGGGUUAUAAAGCAUAAUAUUGGACCAUUAUCUCAAACCAAUCGAGCUGAAGUAUUAUCCAAUAUCAGAGAUACAUAUGUCACACCUCCAGGAGAAGGGUUCUUACCUCGUGAUACGGCAAGACAUCAUCGUAAUUGGGUGGUUAGAAUCAUCAAAAAAGCUUUGAUCGAAGCUAAUAUCAAAGGAACUGAUAUUGAUUGUAUUUGUUUCACUCAAGGUCCUGGUAUGGGAGCUCCGUUACAAAGUGUGGUUAUUGCUGCAAGGACAUUAGCACAAUUAUGGAAUAAUAUACCCUUGGUAGGGGUUAAUCAUUGUAUAGGACAUAUUGAAAUGGGUCGAGAAAUUACAGGGGCUGAUAAUCCUGUGGUAUUAUAUGUUAGUGGAGGUAAUACUCAAGUUAUAGCAUAUUCCAAACAAAGGUAUAGAAUAUUUGGAGAAACUUUAGAUAUUGCCAUUGGGAAUUGUUUAGAUCGAUUUGCCCGAACUUUAAAAAUCCCUAAUGAACCAGCUCCAGGAUAUAAUAUUGAACAAAUGGCUAAAAAAGGGAAACAUUUAAUAAAUCUUCCUUAUACUGUUAAAGGAAUGGAUAUGUCCAUGUCGGGUAUACUUGGAUAUAUCGAUCAAUUAGCUAAUGAUAUGUUUGGAAAACAACCUAAAAAAGUGAUUGAUGAAGUAUCAGGUGAACCAAUCACUCCCGAAGAUUUAUGUUUUUCAUUACAAGAGAUUUUAUUCUCAAUGUUGGUGGAAAUUACGGAACGAGCAUUGGCUCAUGUCAAUAGUAAUCAAGUUUUAAUCGUAGGUGGAGUAGGGUCUAAUGAAAGAUUACAAGAAAUGAUGAAAUUAAUGAUUCAAGAUCGUAAAAAUGGUCAGAUUUACGCUACUGAUGAACGAUUCUGUAUUGAUAAUGGGAUUAUGAUUGCUCAUGCUGGUUUAUUAAGUUAUAGAACAGGUCAAACUAAUCUUAUAAAUGAUACUGUAUGUACUCAACGAUUUAGAACUGAUGAAGUGUUUAUUAAAUGGAGAGAUGAUUAAAAUAUAGAAAGUUUAUAUAUAUACAUACACAAUUUUGCAUAAUAAUAGAAUCUUUCACUUUGUAGAUUAUUUAUCAACUAGAGGGUACUAUUAAUCUUCCACGUUAACCUGAUUCUACCGAGCAAGACACGAUAAAAUUGGUAGGGUUUAAGGAAAUUCAGAGAUC